AUGUUAAGCCCUACAUUUGUUCUAUGGGAUAUUGGAUACCCCUUAUAUAUCUAUGGUUCCAUCUUCAUCAUUAUCCUAAUCAUUUGGCAAGUGAAAAGGAGCCACUAUGAAUUAAGGGUGGAACCUAACAAGAGCAGCUGUCAGCAACACCGAAGACUGAGAAAAAGGGCUAGAGAUGCGGCAUCAAGAGCUAGGAGAGCUUGCCAGAAAGAAGCUGAGAAGCCGUGGGAACUACUAUCUGUCAUGAAAAGCCAGAACUGGCUUCCUCGGGAGGAACGCGUGCGGCAGCUCCUGUGUGCAGAUCCCUGCUGCCGUAUCUGUCAUGACAUGGCUCUGGAGAUUCAGCAACUACUGACAUGUAAGAACACUGAAGAGGGGAUAACGCAGUGCUCCUCUUGCCUAGAGUUUUUGUCCACUUCUAGCGCCUCUUUUGAGCAGACUCUAGAGAUGCAUUCCCAGCACUUCAGAGAUCUUUCAAUGCCAUCUGCAACUCCCAUUCUGUCACAAUUAGCAGAUCAAAAAUCCUUAACCCAGACGACUGACCCGUCGACCAAUGUGAUCAGCAUCCAAGAUUACUGGGCUGAACACCUGGACCUAGAACAGGAAUUUCAACUGCCAGAUGUACCGAGGGACCCAGGGACUAUGUCGUCUUUAAGGACUGAGGAGCUUAGGUUUCCUGUGAACCAGCAAGACAUGAUUAACACCAGCUGUGAAUUUGUCCAGGAGUACCAAGGCCAGCAGCCCUUGAAGUCCCAUGUCCCUUUCCUCUCCCUGAAAACAGAGCUCCCUCAUCUGACACAUCCUAUGGCUUUGCAUAGAGACACUGUCCUUCCUGCCCACCUGCCAUUCCUCAGUGCUGAAGUCCUGGGGAUUCUUGAGGUUCAUGUAAAAAAGUGGGUGCAUUUUCAGAGGUGGGGACUCCCCAGACGUGUAGAGAAGUCCCUGAGGCAGCUUAUGCCAGAUCCCCCAUUGUUCUGCCAGUCUGGAAAUAGCCAACCAUUUCCUUUCAUCAUGAAUUAUACUCCUAAUGCCUAUGUUGAAACAACCAGGACCAUUUCACAUAACACCUGGGAUUCAUGUAUGGUUGGCCAGCCCACCCAGGCCUUAUGGGUUUCUGAAUGGUCCAACCUGGACCCAGAACAAAGCCACCAUUGCCAGAAAACCCCAAACCUUCUGGCUCUGGUCUUGCCCUCUCCAGCCUUUAAAGUCCAAAAUGGACUCUAUCCUCAACCUGAGGGACAGGCUGAAGACUCAGAGGAUCGUUUGAAGCAGAAGCACAGACAGCUAUUCUGCGGCCUCCCUUGUCUUCACAGUGAAUCCCUAGUUGCCACCUUCUUGGGAUCGCAAGGCCUCUCCAUGAACAUGAGCAUGUCCCAGCCUUCCUUGAAUGUUCCUUUUCUCUUCAACGAGCCCUCCUUCCUCCCCCUGCUGCCUAAUAAUCCACCCCAGUCAGCUCCACCUUCUUCCCUACCUACCUCAAAUUGGGUCUCUCCACCUGAGCAGAUAAACGUCCCAUUUCUGACGCUGGCUGAACGUGAAGGCUUGGAGUGGCACCUGCUGCAGAGGCAGCUCCAGCUUAGGUGGGACUUGGCAAUUGUUUUCCAGAGAUCUCAGCAUGCCAAGAGCCCCAUGCAGUAUGAGCCCUGUGACACAGUCCAAUCCCCUGAGACCAUGGAAACUUACUGCUCAAGGAAGCCCAUGUCAGUCCUCACAAGAGAGCUACUCUUCUUCCCAAACGGUGCCCGGAGGCUGCUAGAGUUCCACUUCCAGAAGCAGUUGAGUUACCAUCGCUGGGGUCUGCCUCAGAUGAUCAAGCAGUCCAUCCAGCUGCUCCUGUCCUCUGCUGACCAGCAGUCCCUGCCCUGGAGCACCACAGGCUUGGGCAAUGUGAGCGUCCCCCAGCCAGAGGCCAAUGGGGUUAGUGAUCUGUUCUCAUCCACCUCAGCCCCACUGUCAGUCCCCAUGCCACACUUGCUUACCCAGGCAAAGGCAAUACUGCAGGCCCACAUUGAGUACAAAUGUUGGCAGAUCCACCAGGGUACUAUCCCUGCCUGUGUAUGUAUCUCCUGGGAUUGCAGAAUUUCUGGGAGCCUGGCAGUAGCUCCCUGUCCCUGCAGUCCAGAAAGUAAGCCCCUAGAGCUACAAGCAGCAACUGAUACUGACCUACAUCAGAAAGUUGUGCCCUGGAUGCCAACAGACAUUGAUCAGCAGCAGGAGACCUCAACAGGUACUAACAUUAAACAGACUAAGGUGUCCCAAUGCCUGUCCAAGGAGGCCAUUCAGAAACUGGAGACAGCUGUACAGCAUAAGUAUUUGGCCCUUCUGUCAGGGCUGCCUGCUCUCUAUUAUGUGACUCUCUCUAAGGCCAUCACCCCAGAAAUCCCUAGCCAACCUGCAAUCACAGAAAUAACGCCCGAGCCUGUCAAAAUCACAACAGAGCCUCUGACUGAGAUGACCGCAUAUGAAGAGCAACUCAUAAGUCCUGGGCCAGGCUCUUCAGAGGACAACGAGACUUGUGCAGACAGUGCACAGGAGUUCCUGACUGAAGUACAGGAGGCAACAAUAGAGAUGGUGCCUCUAGAAAACCAGACACACACUGAUACUCCACUCUCACUCAGAACACCCACCUUGACUAAACUAAAUUUCCAUCUGAGAAAAAAGGUCCUAGAGAUACAGUGGGGAAUUCCCACACAGGCAAGGGAGUCCAGGGACCAAACUGUAGCAGUCCAAGAGAACAUAUACACAGAAGAGGCAUGUGGAAGUCUAAACAACCAAAGAAAAACAUUGCUCCAGGGACUCCCCAUCUCAACAGACAUUCCAUACACCUCAGAUCCAGAAUGGGCCUCCUUUAAAGAACAGUUGGCCACUGAGCUAAAAGUAGUACCACAGAGACAGAAGCAAGCUAGUUCUAGACCAGCCUCACAUGGCUCUGCCCACUGGGUCUCUAAGAUCUCACCCAGUGGGGACAUGACAGAUGCCCAGGUACUUUAUGUUCAGGUGGAAGCCAGAGUGAAAAGGCCCAGCCUGGAGGAGGCCUGGUUCCCUGAGUCUCAAGACCCUAAUAAGAGCAAGGACUCAGCCCAAGGACUCACACUGGCAGAAAAGAAUGAGCACCCAGGGAAACUCAAAUCAGCAGAGGACCAUGGAGAAGGGGAUGCAGGGUCUAGCCUUCCCUCAACCAGAGAAAACAGACCCCCUGCUGGAGACCAGAGGCCAACAAGGACGCCUCUGAACAGGACACUCCGAGGUCCUCGGCGAAGGAGCCAUAGUUUUGAUCUUGCUGCCUCCUGUCAGCAGAGUCCUCAGCACUGUCCUUGGCUUAAGAACCCAGAGGCACCUCAAGGAAUCCCUAGGGGGGAAGAAUCUGAGAAUAGCCUGCAAAAUAGUCAAGCCAAGCUGAAUCCUAUCACAGAGCCAGCAAGCAGUGCCCAGCAUGUAGUGCCCCAGGAUUCACAGGGCCAGCUUCUGAUGGGCCCACUAAUUCACGGUAAGCCUUUAUGGAGCCAGACUUUGCAGGACCACAUUCUGCAGGGCCAAGUGACCACAGCCCACACUCACAAGAGCCCCAACCUUCCAGUAGCUGGCUUAAGAAAUAAGAUGAAAUGCUUCUUGCACUAUAUGAAUCCCAAGACAAAAGGCAAAAUGGAUGAAGAUCCCAUGUUCUCUAGAACAGAGAAAAUGACCAAAAGAAGAAAAAAAAUUGCUGAAAAGAGCCUAGCCUCAGCCAAAGGCCCUGUGGGACAAGCUAAGAUGGAGAAGACAAUAGGAGACCCUAAGGACCAAUCUUCCCCCACUGAGAAGCAGGGCGGCCUGGCCUUUUGGGAUGGCCCCCAGGUCCUAGACAAUCAGCUCCGGCACCGCUCUCAUCAACUCCACUCUGCCUCAGUCCUGGGCUACCCCCGCCACUGUCCUCGGCACUGUCCUCGAGUGGCUUGUGCCACCCAAUCAGGAAAUUCAUCCUAG